AUAAUCUUUCGUUACAUACUUGCAUCUAUAUCUACAUUAUUUCUCUAUAUUAUCUCAUAAAAAUAUCUCUACAUCUUGGCUCUAAAUCUUGGUUUUGAAACUUUAAAGAAAUACCAACAAUGGUUGAUCAUCAUAGACAUAUGCAACAUAAAAAAGCUGCAAAUAUGAUGGUGAUACAUCAUGUAGAUGAAGAAAGUGGUUGUGUUGUUAGUAUCAAAAGAUCAAGACCAAAACUUCUGUUUUUUCUCACUUUUUGCUGCCUUCUUUCUUGUUGCUUGCUUCUUAUUCCUUCCUUUCUUCCUUCUCCUUCUUCCACUUUUUCUCUCCUAUAUUCAUAUGAAGGUGAAGAUGAAACAACUUCUGAUACAAAAGCUCCUCUUUGUUCAUCCGUCUCUAAUGGAACUAUAUGUUGUGAUAGAAGCAGUAUUAGAUCAGAUUUAUGUAUAAUGAAAGGUGAUAUUAGAACAAAAUCUUCUUCAUUUUCCGUCUUCCUUUACACUGAAGAUCAAGAAGAAAUCCGGCGAGAAAAGAUCAAACCUUAUACUCGAAAAUGGGAACCAUCAACCAUGGCCACAAUUGAUGAACUAACUCUCAAGAAAACCAACUCUUCAGCAAUCGAAAAAAGACAUAAAUGUGAUGUGAAUCAUGAUGUUCCAGCUGUUUUCUUCUCAACUGGAGGCUUUACGGGUAAUGUAUAUCAUGAAUUCAAUGAUGGGUUGAUACCACUAUACAUAACUUCUCAGAAAUAUAACAAGAAAGUUGUGUUUGUAAUUCUUGAGUAUCAUGAUUGGUGGGUUAUGAAGUAUGGUGAUGUUGUUUCAAGAUUGUCUGAUUAUAAACCUAUCGAUUUUAAUGGAGAUAACCGAACCCAUUGCUUCUCUGAAGCCAUAGUUGGGUUAAGAAUCCAUGAUGAACUCGCUAUCAAUUCUACAUUGACGGAGAAUAACAAAACAAUUGAAGACUUUCAUGAUGUUCUUGACAAAGCAUAUUGGCCAAGAAUUCAGGAUUUGAUUCGAGAAGAACCAAGAGAAGAAGAUAAAGAAUUGGAGAAGCCAAAGCUUGUGAUCAUAUCAAGAUCUGGGUCUCGGGCCAUUAUGAACCAAGAUUUACUAGCAAAAAUGGCAGAAAAAAUCGGGUUUUCAGUGGAGAUUUUGUGGCCUGAUAAAACAACGGAGUUGGCAAAGAUUUAUCGUUCAUUGAACUCAAGUGAUGUCAUGAUCGGAGUCCACGGUGCUGCAAUGACUCAUUUCUUGUUCAUGAAGCCUGGAUCUGUGUUCAUACAAGUUAUACCUUUAGGUACAAACUGGGCCGCAGAGACUUAUUACGGUGGGCCAGCAAAGAAGCUUGGUCUGCGGUAUAUAGGGUAUGAGAUUCUACCACAAGAAAGCUCGUUGUACAACGACUAUGAACACAAUGACGUAGUUUUGACUAACCCAGAUAGUGUAAAUGAUCGUGGCUGGGAAUUCACUAAAAAGAUCUACCUUGAUCGUCAAAAGGUGAAGUUAAAUCUAGCACGGUUCAGGAAACAUUUGGUUCGCUCGCAUUUAUAUAUCAUGGCAAAAAGGAACCAAGCUCACGUUCAGACACGAUCCCGAGUUUGAGCUCGUGCCUCAACCUGAGCCUGAGCUAGCGCAUCACAGAAAAUUCAUCCUUUAAUGUUAAUCGGAGUAAAAUUUGGGAGAAUGUAGAUAUAUUUUACACUUGAGAUUAGGAAUUGGUUGUAAAAACUUGAGGUAUACAAUAUUGUAGCAAAAUGGAACAAACUUAUAUUCUUUGAUAUACAUAGAAGUAAAUACAAUCUUUAUUCUUUAA